AUGGAGAUAUCUACAGUGGCUACAAGCCAACAGCCAGCCGUGGAACCCUCGACAGAGCACGCUACCAACAACAAACCCCAAAGACAAUCUCUGGAGGUGGCGCAGCAAAAUGAGCCAAGUCAUACCAAGCAGAAAAAAUCACUGGCUUUCAAAUUGUCCUUCAUUGGGCUUGCCGCCAUCCUCUUCGUGUUCCAGAUCGAUGCCACAGCACUUGGCAUAGCUCUCCCAACCAUAGCCAAUGACCUCAAUGGCUCGAGUUUGGAGUCCUUUUGGGCCAACCUGUCUUACACACUCUGCGGUCUCGUAAUGCAGCCAGUCUGGGCGAGCAUAUCUGAUGCUUUUGGUCGAAAGCCGCCGCUUUAUGCAUGUAUCGGCCUGUUCUUCAUCGGGUCGAUAGUCUUUGCUGUUGCACAAGAUAUGAAGACUAUCAUUGUCGGACGUGUGCUGCAAGGCUUCGGAGGCGGAGGAAUUGAUGUCCUCGUUCAGGUCAUUCUUACUGACAUGACGACGCUUGAGGAGCGCGCUACAUAUCUCGGGUUGAUGGGUAUCCCAAACGCAGUCGGCAAUAUCCUUGGUCCCUCUUUUGGUGCACUCUUUGCCACAUAUGCCAGCUGGCGAUGGAUUGGGUGGGUAAAUCUCCCUAUUCUCGGCUUUGGUGCACCUCUGGUGUUUUUCUUCCUCAGGUUGCGGUCCAUCCCAGUUGACGCAAGCAAUGUCGAACGCCUUGACUGGAUUGGCAUGGGCUUAGUGGUUUCUGGUAUCACCAUAGUCGUGUUACCACUGAGUUGGGCAGGGUCUUUGUUCCCAUGGAGUUCAUGGCAAACGUUGCUUCCGAUGCUUUUGGGUGUCUUAGUGCUCGCUGUGUUUGUCUGGUUUGAGUCAAAGCCUGCUGUUCCAAUCAUGCCUCACCGGCUGUUCCACUCCAAGACAGCAAACAUGACAUUGAUAGGCGGCUUCAUACAUGGCGCCAUCCUUGUUUCUUUACUUCAAUACCUGCCGCUAAUCUACCAGGCAGUCUACCUGGAAACAGCAAUCAAGUCAGCCGUCUUCCUGUUGCCCACCUCAAUCACCAGCGUUGUCGUUGCAGUAUUCUCAAUGAUGAUGGUGCCCUUGUUCGGCGGCUACACCUGGCUCCUGCGAAUCUCAUGGGCUUUACUCAUAUUGGGUACUGGAAUUCUGGCUCUUUUUGAACUCGGCUCCUCUUCUUCCAUGCUUUUUGGACUCCCAAUCAUUUGGGGAACAGGUGUCGCUCUGCUACGUCUUCAGCUCCUACCAAUGCAGGCCAGUGUUAAGAAAGUAGAAGAUACAGGUGUCGCCAUCGGCCAGUUCUUUACAAUUCGCAUGUUUGGCGGCUUGAUCGGCUUGACAAUUGCUUCUGCGAUAUUCAACACCGUCUUUGCAAAAACAAUUGCAUCCAGUUCUAUUCAGCUUGAGGGAUCAUUGGCACCCCUUGCCGAUUCUUCGAGGGCUGUUGCGUUCAUCAAGGAGCUUCCUUCCCUGGAUAUUUCGCAGCGCACCUUGAAUGAUGUAUUGAGUGUCUAUCUAACAUGCUUUCGAACAAUCUUCUAUACCAUGACAGGACUUGGGGCAGUGGGGUUGUCCGCUUCAAUGUUCAUUGCUGAGAUCGACUUAAAGAGUCAAGAUCGUGGAAACCAGCAAUUUGAGGAUUAA